GAUUAAUUUGGAAGCCAAAAAGUCAGAAGAAGGGGCGCAAAAGUCUCACCCACUCAUGGUUUCCUUUAAAUAUCGUCGUCGUCGUCGUCGUGAGAUAUUUUCCUUUUUGAAUAUUAUUAACCCGAAAGAUGAGACGCGUGAUUAUUAUUAAUUAAUAAAGAAAAUUAUGGUCAGCGGAGAGAAGGUGCCUUUGGUCUCUCUCUCUCUAAUUGAAAUUGGUUGAUUAUCCUCAAAAUAAGAAGAGAGGUUCUCUCCUUUAUUUCAGACAAAAAGGAAACAAUUCAUUCCCUCCUCGUUGAUCUCAAGAAAGAGAGAGAGAGAGAGAUAUGGAUGGUUAUUAUUCUCUGUCGCCCAUCUCCCUCCUCCAUCGGGUUAAAGAUUCCUUCCAUUUCGCCGUCUCUGCCCUUCUCGCCAACCUCUUCUCCGCUCUCUUCACCUUCUUCUUCGCUUUAGUUGGGACUUUGCUUGGAGCAUUGACCGGGGCUUUGAUCGGCCAAGAAACAGAGAGCGGUUUCAUCAGAGGUGCCGCCGUUGGUGCUAUCUCUGGCGCUGUCUUCUCCAUCGAAGUCUUUGAAUCUUCCCUCCUCCUCUGGCAAUCCGAUGAGUCUGGAAUUGGAUGCCUUCUCUACCUGAUUGAUGUCAUUGCUAGCCUUUUGAGCGGGAGGCUUGUUCGUGAGCGUAUCGGCCCUGCAAUGCUAAGUGCCGUCCAGAGUCAGAUGGGAGCUGUGGAAUCCCAGUUCCAAGAGCAUACAGACAUCUUUGACACCGCCAUUUCAAAGGGUCUCACUGGGGACUCUCUCGACAGGAUCCCAAAGGUCCGAAUCACAGACACCUCUCCGGAGAUUGUCUCUUGCUCUGUCUGCCUUCAGGACUUUCAGGUGGGAGAGACAGUUAGAAGUUUGCCGCAGUGCCAUCAUAUGUUCCACCUACCAUGCAUCGACAAAUGGCUUCGCGCGCAUGCUUCUUGUCCCUUGUGCAGAAGACAUCUUUGAAUUGAAUUUGAACACCUCUUUUCUUCUUUCUUCUCUUCUUUGUACAUGAGGUAUAGGCAUACACACACAUACACACACUACUAGUCUUCCUUGAUUUUUUAGAUUACACGUUACACAGAUUUUGAUGCACCAAUCAUUGUAACUUCUUCACUCAUCUCUUGGAGAUCCUGUUUAUUUAUGCUACUUAUUCUUGGCUUCAUCAUUCAAAAGGACAUGUUGCAAUU